CAAUUGUUUGUUUAGCGUGCGACCAUUUUUUUGUUGUGUUGGAAAAUCUUAGGGCAAAAAUGGCCGCUGGCUCUUCUGCAGUGCUGGGAUUGGUAGCCCUGAUGCUAUUAACGCCCCAAACCAGUGAAGCGCUUGUUUUCGUAUUUUCUAAUCACGCUCAAGGAACCUUCGGCGGCAACAGAUUCGAUCAAGAGAUCGGCCAGAGCGGAGCCUUUGAAAUUAUGGAGUCCUCUACUAAAUUUAUCUGGAACACCUUUCACCAGCAAUCGGCUGCAGAUAGGAAGAAUGUGGACAAGGUUACUCUCAUCGUCGAAAGCAUGGACGGCGUUGCAUAUACAAGUGCUGACGAAAUUCACCUGAGUGCAGAUUAUGUGGGUAACUACGGAGGGGACGUGAAGGCAGAAAUUAGAGGAGUUUUGUACCACGAAAUGACACACGUGUGGCAAUGGAACGGCCAGAGAAAAGCCCCCGGUGGGCUUAUUGAAGGCAUUGCAGACUAUGUGCGCCUCACUGCAGGGUUGGCUCCUUCCCACUGGGUUAACCCAGGCAGUGGAGACAAAUGGGACCAGGGUUACGAUGUUACUGCCCUUUUCUUGCAGUAUUGUGACAGUAUUAGCUCUGGAUUUGUGGCCAACAUAAAUGCUAAAAUGGCCUCCGGAUGGGACUUGGGGUUCUUUAAUGACCUCACUGGCAAAUCCGUUGAUCAGCUUUGGAGGGACUACAAGGCUAAGUAUGCUGUUUCCAGUUAAGCAAUAGGUUUCUUUACUUUUAUGAUGUAUUAUACCUAUCUAUUAAAUAAACUGAUCUCCAAAUGGGAAUUGUAAGUUCGGCCCCUGCAAUAAAAGGCAAAGGGGUUCCGUCUGGUAAUAAAUAAAAUUUC